UGGAGUCCUGAUGUUCCAGCAAGUGCCCAUGGUAGAGAUCGAUGGGAUGAAGAUGGUGCAGACCAGAGCCACCCUCAACUACACAGCAGGGAAAUACAACCUCUAUGGGAAAGAUCUGAAGGAGAGAGCCCUGAAUGACAUGUAUGUGGAAGGAAUAACAGAUCUGAUGCAAAUUAUUAUCGUGUUUCCUUUCUCUCCACCUGAGGCAAAGGAGAAAAAUCUUGACUCAAUUAAGAAGAGGGCAACUAACAGGUACUUCCCAGUCUUUGAAAAGGCUUUAAAACAACAUGGCCAAGACUUUCUCGUGAGCAACAGAUCCAGCUGGGCAGAUGUUCAGCUAAUUGAAGCCAUUUUAGCAGUGGAGGAGAAAAUGCCUGCUGUGCUGUCGGUGUUUCCUCAGUUGCAGGCUUUUAAAAUAAGGAUGAGCAAUAUGCCUACAAUUAAGAAGUUCCUGCAGCCUGGCAGGAUCUAUGAAGUGAUGCCCGAAGACCGACCUGUUUGUGCGCCUUGUAGA